GAUGCUCAUUCGGUGUAUCGUCCAAAGGAGACAUUACCUGACACACGUGUUCCAUGUCGACGGCGCCGCAGCGGUGGAUAACUGGUCAUCCAACCCUUCUGGCCAUAGACGAGUUGCUGUUGGUCGACACCAGGUGUCAGCACACGAUACUCCUGCUGUUCGUCGUGAUCGUCUGCGUCAUCGCGACCGUCGCCAUGUUCAAGGCACUCUCUAGAAAGAAACGGAAGGCGAAGAUGUGCAUGGACCAAUCGCACAGCGACGUAGACAUGAGUGGCAAGACUGUAGUCGUCACUGGAGCCAAUGCCGGCAUCGGCUUCGAGACGGCGCUGCAGCUGUCCCGACUCGGCGCCCGGGUGAUUGUGGCGUGUCGAUGCGAGAGCAAGGGCCGCGCCGCCGUCGAAGCCAUUCGACACGCUACCGGAAACGACAUGGUCGAGUUCGCGCCGCUCGACGUCGGGUCAUUGACAUCGGUGCGUCGAUUCGCCAAAAAGCUGCUCGCAACCGAAGAGCGCCUCGACGUGCUCGUCAACAACGCCGGCAUCACAGCGCCACCGCAGAAACGACUCACGCACGAAGGAGUGGAGAUUACCAUAGCCACCAAUUACCUCGGUCCUUUCCUGCUCACCAAUCUUCUGCUUGACAUCUUGAAGCGGAGUGGACCGAGUCGUGUGGUGAACGUGACGUCAUCACUGUACCGCUUGGGCCGUGUGCCGUGGGAACAGCUGGAGGCGGCCGGACGUGGUGGCGCCAGCUUCGAGUACCCUGGCGUCGAGUCGACGUACGCCAGUAGCAAACUCUUGCUCAACUUGUUCAGCGUCGAGCUAGCCCGCAAGCUCCAGGGAACCGAGGUGACCUGCAACGCGGUGCAUCCAGGCGUGGUGGCGACAGACUUCAACCAGAAAGAAUCGGGCCUGCGUCAUUAUCUGUGGAACUCCUUCCUCCAUACGUUCGGAACGAGUCCUCGCAAAGGCGCACGGGGUUCGGUCUACCUGGCGUCCUCGCCAGGGCUGCGUGACGUCAGCGGAAAGUACUUCGUCUCCUGUCAACAGUCGUCCUGGUCCCGCAAGGUCCUCGAUGAGGAGACGUCGCACAAAGUGUGGUGCCGCAGCGUGGAGCUCGUUCGCGCCGUGCUGGAAGACGUCGACAACGACUCUUCGAGACCUCUGAAAUCCAUCUUCCGCAACUGCUGCAACGGGGUAGCACAAGACGACCAAUUUUGCAGUGUUCUGUGCGGUGCGGCAACUCCAGGAUCCCUCGACAGGGAUCGUGGAGUAGCCCAACGUGCAACCACAGUGGACAGGACACGGUCAUUCGUGGAUGCGCAGUUUAUAUAGAGAGGCUAUG